AUGAGAGAUUCCAACAACAAAUCAGUAACGGCCAACAAGGCAGCAGUAUCGAUAACGUCCACGUUGUAUGACCGGCGAGCCCUGGAUUGCACCGAAGACAAGCCUCUGGUAAACUCCUUGAACCAUCUCACAUUCCUAGCCUCGUCUUCCUUGAAAGUUCGCGAGGCGUUGUCACAGGAUGGAGGGCUGGAAAGACUAGUCGAUAUCUUGUACGAAUGUCAAAGUCCGUCGACCGAGAAGGAAAAGUGCAUCAGUGCAUGGAAAUGGGUGCUUGCCUUCCAGUGUUUGGUUCUGGUGGGGACCAGAGGCAACGAGAGAAUCAGAAAGAAAGUGGUGGAUGCUGGAAUGAUUCCCAUUAUCGCCACGAUCCUUGACAACUAUGUUAUUUCGAAGAAGACCGCGUGGAAUUCGCAUUUGCAGAGCAACAAAGACACCUAUCUCAACGUCAGAACCACCAGCACCGCGAACACCACAGCCACAGAGGGCACCUCCGAAGUGGGCGACGACCUACUAACGAACGCAUCGUCGUUCACUGCUGCGACGGACGAGUCGCAACAGGCGCAGCAGCAGCAACGCAGCAACGAAAUGUACGACGAUUUCAACAACGACCAAAUCAACGAGGUGUUUCAGAAUGUUAGACGUCUCGUGGAGGAGGCAAACCAGACGGUCAUGGAGGCGGAGGCAGAAAUCCACAAGCAUGAGCAGCAUAAAAAAAAGACCUUGGGCGAUCUAGGUCUGGGCGACGCAGAGGCCCAGCUCGACGAGGAAUACUCCAAGAUAUCCAAGUCCCUCACUUUCCUGAACUUCCUCGAUAGACUCAACACUACCGACGAUAUUUCCAAAAUCAAUCAAGAGCUCAUGACAAGUUAUAGCGAGCUGACCAAGAACGCGGUGUUCUCGAACCAGCUAGUCAACAACCCUGAGAUAUCGAACAUUCUCAGGGAAAACAUGUCUUCGACGGAUCUGCCGUUUUUCAGAGCUACGGAGGACAAAUUUAAUCAGUCCAUUCCACGCAAUUUUGAGAACGGGAUCUUGAUUCCGAAAGAGGACGACGUCAUUUGGUCGUUGCAGGUGUUGGCAUUCAUCUCAAAAUACACUUACCUGAGAUAUAAACUUGCCGAUACCUACAUCGUGAACGGGUUGUCACUUAGAAACUACAAUAUACCGCCUCCAUUGGAGACCGAUUGCGACAUGAACGAAACGGGCGAUUUACUAAACGAUAUUUAUGAUGACGAGGACAGUUCGGAGGACGAAGACGUGGCGAACGACCUGAACGAGUUUGUGAUUCCGAACGAAAACAAUUUUGGCGUGGCCUCGAGCCUGACGCACCAGCAGUUCCCCGAGAAUGUAUCGCUGGGCUCUAGUUCGACGAGGUCCAAAAGACAAAAAUACAGCGAUCGCAAGUGCGAAUCGAAAUACGCGCAUCUGUUACGGGAUUACAACUCACUUAUAAACGAGCAGGAUCGGAUAGAGAAGGCGACGAAGCUGGAAAAGUUUGCUUUGAAUAUCUCGCGGUACGCACACCGCGAACACAAUAUUCUGAGACUCCGAAAUAACCAGAUCUACAAACGCAAAAGAGAAAAAUACGCUUCUACGUGGGAUUACGACGAGUGGGACGAUUUCGAAAUGGGGCCUCUAUCUCUGAUGUUCCCCAAUUCCCAAACAAUCGACCCAAACAUCCGUCCCAUCAAACGGGUCAACAUAUUUCCGCUUGUCGAAAAGUUUACUGUCAAGCAUUUGCAUUCUAAGGACAUUACCUACUGGGCCUCUGUGAUUGUGCGGAAUUCGAACAGGAAGGAUGAGAGCAAGGGGGGAAGACGGCAGUGCGCAUACUUUGGCUGUGGCAAGUGGGAAGACGAGCCUCGCCAGUUUGCCAAGUGCCGGCGAUGUAAGCGUGCAAAGUACUGUUCCAAAGAGUGUCAGUCCAAGGCUUGGACGUACCACAAGUAUUGGUGCAAUGCUGCUAGCGGGUCUACCAGCACGACUACCGGGUCCGGAACCGAAGCGGGUGCACAGAGCUGGGGAGAACAAGCCGAGCAGACAGACCAGACCGACCAGGACCAGGAUUCUGCGCUUAUCCAAUCGCAAUAA